UUUUUUAUUUUAUUUCAUUUAUUAUCUCUCACUCUACUUCUCUACCAAAAAGAAAAGAGACUCUCUCUCACUAUACAGUGAUUUAGAGAGAGAAAGAGAGACAGAAAGUAAAGGCAAGUCCUUUAUGCUCUUUUUUAUCACUCACCUCCUAAAAGCCCCAUCUUCCUAGAUCUGGCUUUCUCUCAUUUCCUUCCCUGAGCUCUCAUUUUGAGCUUAGAAUCCCAAAGACCCAAAGAUUUUGAAGAAAACCCAGAACGAAGAGUAGCAAGAAAAAUGAGUAUGUACGGGAGGGAUCCGUGGGGGGGUCCGCUGGAGAUCAAUGCGGCGGACUCUGCUACCGACGACGACCGGAGCCGGAACCUUCAGGAUUUUGAUAGGGCCGCCAUGUCAUCUCGGCCGUUGGAUGAGACCCAGCAGAGCUGGUUGCUGGGUCCCUCUGGUGAGCAAAAGAAGAAGAAGUAUGUGGAUCUGGGUUGCAUCAUUGUCAGCCGUAAGAUCUUUGUUUGGACGGUUGGAUCGCUUCUUGUAGCUGGGUUCCUUGCUGGUUUCAUAACCCUCAUCGUCAAGACUGUGCCACGUCAUCACCAUGGUCAUGCUCCUCCGGAUAAUUACACUCUUGCUCUUCACAAGGCCCUCAUGUUCUUCAACGCCCAGCGAUCUGGAAAACUCCCAAAACAUAAUAAUGUGUCAUGGAGGGGUAACUCCUGCACAAGAGACGGCGAUUCUGAUUCUGGAUCCAUUUUUAAAGAUCUGGCUGGUGGGUUUUAUGAUGCUGGAGAUGCAAUCAAGUUCAAUUUUCCAGCAUCUUUUGCCAUGACUAUGUUGAGUUGGAGUGUCAUUGAAUACAGUGCAAAAUAUGAAGCUGCCGGGGAACUCAACCAUGUUAAGGAGAUAAUUAAGUGGGGAAGUGAUUACUUUCUCAAGACUUUCAAUCAUACUGCCGAUAGCAUUGAUAGGCUUGUUGCUCAGGUUGGGUCUGGAGAUACUUCUGGAGGGAGUACAACUCCUAAUGAUCAUUAUUGCUGGAUGCGUCCUGAGGAUAUUGAUUAUAAACGACCUGUAACUUUGUGUAGCAGCUGCUCGGAUCUUGCUGCAGAAAUGGCAGCUGCUUUAGCUGCUGCAUCUAUUGUUUUCAAAGACAACAAGGCAUACUCACAGAAACUUGUACAUGGUGCCAAGACACUUUUCAGGUUUUCAAGAGAACAGAGAGGCAGAUAUAGUGCUGGUAGUUCUGAAGCAUCAAUAUUCUAUAACUCCACCAGUUACUGGGAUGAAUUUGUAUGGGGUGGAGCUUGGUUAUACUAUGCCACAGGAAAUAACUCCUAUCUUCAGCUUGCAACAACUCCUGGUAUUGCCAAACAUGCCGGUGCCUUCUGGGGUGGCCCUGAUUAUGGUGUAUUGAGCUGGGACAACAAGCUUGCUGGUGCUCAGGUGCUUUUGAGCCGUCUGAGAUUAUUCUUGAGCCCUGGGUAUCCAUAUGAAGAAAUUUUGAGGACAUUUCACAAUCAGACCAGCAUAAUCAUGUGCUCAUACCUCCCUAUUUUUACAAGCUUUAACAGAACCAAAGGAGGAUUGAUCCAGUUGAAUCAUGGAAGACCCCAGCCUCUUCAGUACGUGGUCAAUGCAGCCUUUUUAGCAACACUCUACAGUGAUUAUCUUGAUGCAGCAGAUACACCUGGAUGGUAUUGUGGACCCAAUUUCUAUUCUACUGAUGUGUUGCGUGACUUUGCUAAAACUCAGAUUGAUUACAUCCUUGGCAAAAAUCCUCGGAAAAUGAGUUAUGUUGUUGGUUUUGGUAAUCAUUACCCCAAACACGUCCAUCAUAGAGGUGCUUCUAUCCCCAAGAACAAGAUCAGAUAUAAUUGUAAAGGAGGAUGGAAAUGGAGGGACACUUCAAAGCCAAACCCAAAUACAAUUGUUGGAGCCAUGGUUGCAGGACCCGACAAGCAUGAUGGUUUCCAUGAUGUUCGUACUAAUUAUAAUUACACAGAACCAACACUUGCUGGCAAUGCAGGUCUAGUUGGAGCACUAGUUGCGUUGUCGGGUGAAAAGGGUACUGGGAUUGACAAGAACACUCUUUUCUCUGCGGUUCCUCCAAUGUUUCCAACUCCACCACCACCCCCAGCACCAUGGAAACCAUGAGAUGCUCUGCAGCAAAUUGUUAUUGUCCUUUGUUUAGUAUGUUGUGUGACUUACUGCGGAUAGAUGAUUUUGCUGUAGCUGGGUAGUCAUUGUGACUUAAAUCACCUUGACCAUAAAGAGUAGUGGAAAAGGUCAAAUAUGGGAUGAGAGGAACAAAGUGAUGGAUAGACUAUAUUGUGCAGAUAUGCUUGGGAAAGGGCCAAGUUAGAACCAAUGAAAGUGAUGGUCUUUGUGGGAAUGUCUCUUUAUGGAUUUUGUGAUAUAUACAGUAUAUAUGUAAAGAAUAUCAAUCAUGUAUUCUUUGAAACAGUGAAAUUGAACACUUUGAAAUUGGUUGACAAUAAAUUUCCAACUUAGAUA